AUGCAGAUUGCUCCAGAUUACAGGGCAAAUCAAGGCUUUCGAAAUCAUGAAAUCGCAUAUCAAUUACCGAGAAGAGCUUACAGCAGGAUACAUUUGCUUACGAUAGUGUCGCUACAAUGGGAAGUUAAAGCACCGAAUUUUAUCUCCAUACAUGUAUCUUCACGAUACCGUAUCAUCAUUGACAAGUCCGUUGCAGCCAGCAGCAUCCGCCCCAACGACCAAGCUGCCCCGCGCCAUCGAUAA